AUGGCGGCCAUUACAGACAUUCUCGCAGAUGUUCCGUCUCGUUUUCGGGGUCCAGGUGGUGCUGUUGCCGUCUUGAAAGAUGGCAAACUGCUCGGCCAACAGUGUUGGGGAUAUGCUGAUUUGCACCGUCGAAUUCCGAUGGCUGCUGACACACUGCUCCCGAUCUGCUCCAUCACGAAGCAGAUGCUGUGCGGAUUGCUGACCGACCUGGAACGCAACCCAACACCAGCCAUGAGAGCGCGCGGCGAGGAGCCCGCCAAGCAGCUGUCGGACCAGCUCGGUCAACUGUUAGAUCCCAACCUGCUGCAAGACACGGGCUUGACGAUGCGCCAUCUCUGCAACAAUCAGUCAGGCAUUCGCGACUACUGGGCCUUAACCGUUCUCUGGGGUGCGAAGCCUGAGGGCCAAUUCUCGGUCGCUGAGCACGGCCCCAAGAUGCUGGCCCGACUGAAGUCUUUCCACUUCGAGCCUGGAACGGAGUACUCGUACGCAAACACAAAUUUCUUUAUCAUCGCCCGCUGUAUCGAGCAGGUUACGGGACAACCGCUGGGAGAAUUGCUCGCGCAGCGCAUCUUCACACCUGCCGGGAUGCAGACGGCGAGGCUGUGCGCAAACACUGCGGAGCACCCGGCUCCCUGCGUUGGCUACGAGGGAGACGAGACCUUUGGCUUUUAUCCCGGUAUCAACCGCAUUGAAUGGGCUGGUGAUGCCGGUAUCGUGGCUUCCCUGGCCGAUAUGAUCGCCUACGAGCAGUUUGUGGAUCGAAGCCGCGACAAUUCACAAAGCUGGUACGGACUCAAUUCCGAGCAGCAGAAAUAUAGCGAUGGUAACCCUGCGGAUUACGGCUUUGGUCUAGCCCGCCAGCUCGUUGGAGGCAUACUGACUGUUAGGCACGGUGGCGCACUGCGUGGAUACCGGCUGUCCCGAUCGUACUCACCGGAGCUACGGGUCUCUAUUGUAGUCUUACUCAAUCAAGAGCACGGUGAUGCCGGGGCAGUUAGCGACUACAUCCUUAAGCGAAUGACCGGUGUUCCCGAGGCCAAAAAUGAGGUUAUCAAUCCCGGACCAGACUGGGGUGGAAGCUAUUUGGACUCUGAGACCGGACUAGCGAUUACCGUGAAUAAAGGUGGCGCAGGGGAGCUCCUUGUCAAGUACCAUCGCAAACCUGACAAAAUGCGAGUGGUUGAGGAAUACAAGGCUCAGUCGAAUGGUAUGGUAGCAACUCUGGACGGAGCUACUCUUCAUCUCCACGUUCCUCAGGACAACCGGACUCUCCAUGCCCAGCGUGUUGCCAGCGUGAAGCCUGCCUCCAACUCUUCCGAGCUUCAAGGUGAUUACCGCUGCGCCGAGAUAGAUUCCGUUUUUCACUGCAGCGGCUCGGGCGACAUGUUAUAUGGCAUGUUUGAUGGCUUUCUGGGACAGGGGCCUGUACAUAUGAUGCGUUCACUCGGGGAGGAUUUGUGGGCUCUUUCAUGCCCUAGAGCAAUGGAUUCGACGCCUCCGGGUGACUGGACGGUUAUCGUUCGUCGGAAUGAUGAUGGAAAAGUGGUCGGUGUCACUAUUGGCUGUUGGCUUGCCAGGCGGCUGGAGUUUAUCAAACAGUAA